ACAAAUAUUGGCAGCACUGCGCACUGCGGCGAUGGUGAAAAUUCGCAUAGGUUACGUUUGAUGCUGCAGUGAUAUCGUGCGUGUCCCUCGUUCAAAAAGACGCGUAUCAAUUGCGACUUGCGACACAUGGAGAGAACAAUGUCGGAACAAGCAGCUUUGCAAACGCAAACGGAAACAAUCUCCGAGGCGGAUGUCUCCGAAUCGCAGGAUGUGCCUACUGUACGAUUACGUUUACGAAAACCGAAAUCAACCAAAAAAGUCCAAUGGACUCAAGGAACUGUUGAUAAUGAAAAUCUAAACAAGAAAAAGUCAAAAUGUUGUUGUAUUUACGAGAAACCAAAAACUUUUGGUGAAAGUAGUUCGGAAGAUAGUGAUGAUGAAUGUGAACAUUGUCAUGGGCAUAAGGAUGCUCAUAAGAAAGUCUUACCCCAAACUGGAAAUGCUGCUCAAGAUGGAAUGUCAUCUCAUCCUGAACCGAUUGCAACAGGAUCAACAUAAGUAUUUAUAUACCCAUUGAUCAUCCUGCUAAAUGGAAAAUAAAUUCUUUUGCUGUUUCUCAAGUCAGUAUCAUACAGAAGAAAUGGCGAAUUGUAGGUAAGUGAUACAAUAAGUAGAAAAAUGAAACCAAAGAAUAUGAUUUUUUGUCAUAUUACAUUAUCCUUUUAGGUAUACAAACUUUAAAUAUGAUUCUGCACUAAUCAUGUAGCAUUUUUAUUAUAAUACUUUAACAAUAUUGCACGGAAGAUUAUGAAAUGUUGUCCAAAUUGUUAAUUCUUAUAUAGAUUGUAUGUGAUAUGUGAUGAGAAUAGUAAAUCAUUGAAUAUUCUCUGAAAAAUAACAAUUAUCAUUCCUUGUA